AUGUCUGUGAUAGGCGACCGCGUUUGGACCAUCAACACAGAGCUCAACGCCAUCCCUCGGGACCAUGACUUCUUUGUCGUCACCGACGAUGAACAAGUCUCCCUCAAGGAGCAGGGCGUCUUGGUCGCUGCUGCCCUAGAAUCCCCUAGGGUGGCCGAGCUCGUGCGUAUUUUCAAGGCCCUCUCCACACCUUCGUCAUCAGAUCCGCUACUGCCUACAUGGAGAGUCGAAGAGCUUCUCCGGCAAUCCCAGCUCGCCAUGACUCGCACCCCUAGGUCAUCACUUGACGCCGAUGAGCCGGAGCAGUCAAACCCUUUUGAGACGGAGAUUGAGUGGUUGUUGGUCGCAAAGGCCGCCAUGCAGAUCUACGGCGCCAUGCUCCAGAUGCUCAUUGACCAGAGCAUAUCCCUCGAGGACCACCUAUGGUAUUGGGACGAUAUCUCUCGUUCUCACAGACUUGGCUUCGUUCUGUGGUUGCAAAAGUCUCCCCUUCGGUUGUGGGACUUUACGCGCGACGUCUACUUUGAGAGUACCCACCGUAUCCACACGCUCUACUCCCCAGGCCUGAAGGAUGACGAUGAUGGUUCCGACGGCGAAAGUGCGUUGGUCGCGCGCAAGGACUUUUUCAAAUCCAUGUCUCUCUCCGACAGGUGGAAGCAGUUCUAUCGCAUCGUGCGGACUACUGUCCAGGAUCGGUCGCUCGUCAAUAUACAGGACCAGAUCCUAUCACCAAUAGCCCUCUGUCAGGCUGAAGCGCGAGAGAAGGCGUAUCAUAUCCGCCGCCUAAAGGAAAAUAUUGCCUGCGGCGUUGGAUGUGCUGGAGCGAAGCGUCUCCUCAUGGAGACUGUCAUGGUGCAGACAACCCACCUCGAAGGCACCGUGUCCGAUUUCGAAGAAGGCAUCUUCCGUUUCGUCGACAACGACCCAGAGCUUGUCAACCCUCUGGACGAGGACAGAGAGCCCGCCCCUCGCCGGUUGGCAAGCCGUCUCUUGUCUAUUCUCGAGCACCGACUGCCCCGCCAAGCAUCAGAUACCCAAGCCGUCCUUAAAAGCAUGGCCGCCCCUCGUUCUGGGUCAGAUACUGGCUCCCCGUCACCGUCGGAGGAUAUGGUUCGCGCCGUCGCAGACUUUGGCCUCACCGUCAGGGACUUUUGGAGCAACUGGGUGAUUGACCCCAUCCGAAAACUCGUCAAGACGAUACGGCACGACGAGAACCGCGAUAUCGCUCUCAUGAGCCGUGACAGCCUCCGUGCCGACCUCGAGAGCCUGGAGCGAAUGGUUGUCGACUUUGCCGUGGAUAAGCCUCACUUCGCCACUGCGGACGGCGUGGCAACUCAGCUUACCGAGGCCCAGGUCACUGAGAUUCGGUCUCGGGUUACCCAGGGUGACGUUACCCCCGUCCUCAAGGCGUUUGAGAAGGACCUCAAGAGUCCUUUCCUCGGCGCCGUCAAGGGAGAUCUCGUCAGGUCUCUCCUGAUCCAGGUCCAGAAGAGCAAGGUUGACAUGGAAGUCGCUCUUAGCGGCAUUGACGCUCUGCUCAAGAGUCAGGAACUCGUCUUUGGGGUCGUUUCCCUGACUCCCGGAAUCCUCAUCUGCGUCGGCCUCUAUCAGUACCUCCGCGGGGUCAUGUCCGGGAGGGUUGGCCUGCGCCAGCGCGACAGGGCGAGCAAAACGAUACGCUCCGUGCGCACAAUUAGCAGGAUGAUUGCCAAGGCUGACCUCACACCUGAAAAGACCAUGUCCUACGAGCAGAUCGGCAACCUUCUCUGCCAGGUGCACAUCCUCCGCGACACCGUACCCCAAACCAUGCCUCCGGAUACGAAAAGGACUUCCUCGUGGACCUUGACGAGCUAG